CUAUCGCCAAUUAAGGCAAUAAAUCUCCUCCUCACCAACCAAACCAACUGCCUUCCCUUCCAAAACCAAACGUUCAUUUCAGACACUGGACUGGAACCCCGCCAUCUUCCAUUGUUUUAUCCUUUAUCCUAAACCUUCACUACCUUCCCCCCACCCUUCUUCAACUGCAACAUUCCAUCCCAUACAACUAAAUGAGAUCGGAAGGAAUCCGCGAGGACGACGACACCGACCUGACAACCUCCCCCUUCUGCUGGUGGAGAUCCCUGGAAGAACUCUCCUCCGGGAAAUGGAGCCGCCAGGGUCUAACUCCCGAUCACGGGUCCCUCUUGGGCCUUACGUCCAGGCUGAGGGUCCUCCGCGAGAUGGAGAGGCUGGCCCUCGUGGCUCCCAAGGGGCUCGACGAGCUGAGGCACAAGCUUAUGGUGUACAGGGCCGGGGACCUGUGGCUGCCCACUGGCGGAGUGAGGAAGGAGGAUAUGGUGAUCCCUGGAAGAAUUCUCCUCCGGGAAAUAGAGCCGCCAGGGUCUAACUCCCGAUCACGGGUCCCUCUUGGGCCUUACGUCCAGGCUGAGGGUCCUCCGCGAGAUGGAGAGGCUGGCCCUCGUGGCUCCCAAGGGGCUCGACGAGCUGAGGCACAAGCUUAUGGUGUACAGGGCUGGGGACCUGUGGCUGCCCACUGGCGGAGUGAGGAAGGAGGAUAUGGUGAUCCCGCCUGUCGUGACGGUGCUGCUGGUGGGGCUCUCCGGGACCUGGAAGAGCUCCCUCGUGAACUUGAUGUGCAGCGUGCUUGGGCGUGCCGGCCUUAUCCCCUUUGCUCAGACUUCCAAUGGAUCAUCGAGGCAGACUUCGGUGUUCUUGGAGGAGCACAACGUGCUUCGGUCGACACGGAGCGGAUUCUGUGUAUACAACAGCAGGGGACUGGACAUGGACCGGACGAUCGAGGGGCUCGAAGAGGUCAGGGGGUGGAUGAGUUGCGGGGUCCGGCAUUACCAGCCUUGCCUGAGACCAGGGGAUGGUGAGGAGCUUGUAAGGGACGGAAGCAUGCCGCCAUUGUCGUCAGCCAGAUUUAACACGAGACAGGUCAAUUGUGUUUUGGUGGUGGCCAACGCCUCGGCGAUUUACAGCUCCCUCAAGGCUUGUGAUGCGAAGGCUUUGGAGGCCACAGCAGAGCUCUUCCAUUGCCCUGCCAUCAGGAAAUCCAAUAAGACCUCUUCUGGCGAUUCAAUCCAUAUAGCCAUCGCCUCAAGUUCGACGUAUAUGCCUUCUUUUGUAGUAUUUUAUGAUCAAGUAGAUCUUUGCUUUAACGACCCUCGCGAUCAUACCGCAUUGUGUGCCCGAGCAGUGAUUCACUCAAAACUCGAGCUGCAAUUUUCCAGGUGAGAACCCUCUGCUGAUAUUGACCCAUGGAGACAAGCUAGCUCCAGAGGAUCGAAUAUAAGCAAGAAUCAGGAUCUGCGAGCAUCUGGGGGAUCUUGCCCGAGGAAUCAGACCCUGUCACGGCCUUUGCCUUGGCUGAGGCAAUCUACCGCGCGCUGAUCCAGUCGGACCGGACCCACUUGCCCAAGAGGAAGGCCAUUGAUUGGGUGCUGCUGUUCCUUUCGUGGAUCAUGUGCUCCAUCGCUUCCUUCUUCGCAGUGCUCGCUUAUAUCUUCUCGAAACUGGGAAGGAAAAACAAGUUGAAAUUCUGAAGGGCUCGCGGAUUCGUCUUUUCCAUCCGGCCAGUGUUUUUUGGUCAUAUUAGUACCUCUAGUCUUUGAACAUUUACAGCUAACAGUACUACACUAGGCAUUGAUCUGCCGUGGAACUCAGGUUGUUUAUCAUGUAAAUUUUGGUAGAUCAGUUGACUGUUAAUGAAAUAUGUUCAUAUAUUUGUUUUUG